GACUACGUGUUUUGAGUUACAUGACUUAUUUAAUUUGGCUGAAAGAGAUUAUCAUUACCUUGAAAGUGACCAAGGGCGUGCUGAUCCAGAGCGUCAGGUGUUAGUAAGGAACACAAUCAACUCUCUGCUAAAGUGCGGAGAUUUACUCAGGUUAACAAAAGUUUUUUCUUCUAAUGAACUUUUAGAGGACAUUAAUACUGAAGAUUUAAGAUACCUACUAAUUCCAGUCAUGAUAAGCGAUUUAACUCUUGAAAUUAUAGACAAAGAAGCCAGACUAACUAACUUAAAGGCAGUCAAAGAUUGUUCAUUGGCCUUUUUAUUAAGGUGUAAAGAGUUAAGACUUCUUCCUGAAGAAUGCACAAAAGUUCUCGACAAAUUUCUAAAGAGUCAAGAAGAACAAGAACAACAAGAAAGGGCUCCCGUCCAGAUGAGAGAGUUGAAAAUAGCUCUCUAUAAAUUGGAAAAAAAAACCAAAGAAAAAUACAAAGCCCUGACGGAAAGAAUUUCUAAAAGUUACCAUAGUUUGGAAGGCUCGGUUAAAGAAAACUUUGAGCGAGAGCAUAUGAUAGCAUUGCUGGACGUGUGGAUCAAUAAAGUUUGCUUCCAACUCGACAGUACGCAGCGUGAAAUUGAAAUUCUUGAAAAGUAUAGUAAGUUUCAAGCUGAGAACGGGGAGGAAGCAGCCACGCCGCCAGCCAAAGCAUGCUUCAAACCCUUUGUUCUAACACGUAGCAUGAUCAAGGUGUUCGGCACGUCCCACCGGCCCUUCAAGUAUACUCCGGAGCAGUGGGCGUUGGUUGAACACGAGCGUGGGCUUCACUGCAGCGCAGAGGCGAGCGAGAGCGCUCUCUCGGACGAUAGCAACCACAGUGAGGAGAUGGACAACCGGAAGGCCUACGGCGCCAGUGACCAGGCGGUCUACAGACAAAGAAAGUGGGAUGACUUUACAGAUGAAAACCCACGUGGGUCGGGUAACCUUCAUAAUCGGAGUUGAAGGGACUCAAACGCCAAUACUUCGACGUA